GAAUCGUUUCAUUUAAUCCGUUCGGCGCUUGAUCUGUUUGGUGAGCUAGCCGAGUGGGUACCGGCGCAUACACUGAAACCAGAGUUGCUCAACGAUUUAUUGUCUUUGAUUUGUGCUUGUUUGGAAAUCCCUCAGUACUCGAUAUACGAAGCGGUGUGUUUGGCAGCAACUUGUCUGUGGCGAUUGGCUUCCCGUAAAAAUGUUAAAAAUGGCGAAAAUCGUGUUUUGUUUGCACUCUUCGGUGACGUUCCAAUGCGCUCAAUUCUGUCGGUCGCAAAGAUUAUUGCUUAUGAAAAAGGGCCAGAUAUUCAUCACAUCGAUAUCGUCGCAGAAUGA